AUGAAAUCCCUCGCAUCACUAAAUAUCGACAAAUGGGCCCCGUCGGCGUUUUGCUGCCUGAAGAAGGGAGAUGGGGAAUUGUCAAUUGAAAAUGGGGAAUACGGUGCUUCGAGCGGUCCGAUCGAGAUUUUGGAUCACAAAACGUUACGGUUGAACAAUUUCUCAAUUCAGGGGACGAAGCCACCAGACGCCUGGAUCUACCUCGGCCAGGGCGAAAUCAACCAGAAUACCGGCCAGAAAGCGCUGAUCGUUGGAAGGGACACGAACUGGAAGCACUGCAAAAUUCACGAGGAUCUGGCGAAUCGGCAGGUGGAAAUUCGGUUGGGUGGGAAUCAGACGGUUUACGAUGUGGAUUAUCUAUCGAUUUUCUGCUAUCAGUACAGUGUUGACUUUGGCAGCAUUCGAUUCAAGGUUGACCCCUCGAGAGUACCGGUCCCAUUCCAUAUGCCGCCGGAAAGCGAUAGGGGAUUUCCGGCAGACCCGGCCCCAAUUGACUGC